AUGAAGUCAGGUAAUGGUAAGUGCGACUGUGGAACCUGUAAGUGCAAUGAAGAGUAUGAGGGAAGUGCCUGCCAGUGUACAAAAUCCAUUAAGAGCUGCUUGAAUUCCAGAAACAAUGUGUGCAGUGGGCGAGGAACCUGUGUGUGUGACAUAUGCCAGUGUACAAAUGGUUACCAGCCACCAUUCUGUGAAAUUUGCCCAGGCUGUGAGAUGCCUUGUGAAAAGUAUGCGCCAUGCAUUGAGUGUCUAUAUUUCAAAAAAAGCUCACUUUUGAAGGAAUGUGAGGCAAAUUGUCACAACUUAAAUGUCACUGUUGUGGAAAGCCUGAGGAAAGAAAAUCUGUGUAAAGAGAAGGAUUCAGAAAACUGCCUCAUGAGUUUCAUCCUGAACGAAAAUGAUGGUGUUGACCUUUAUUCUGCCACAGUUCUGAAUUAUAGAGAAUCCACAAUCACAAGCAUGGAGAACAACCACUGAUGUUUCUAACCCAUACUUACUGCACGAGUAAAUCUUUGGUCGUUUGGCAACAUGACAGACCCUGGCAUCCAUGGACCUUUGAAGACUAGCCAAAAGAAUGAUAAAAGGAAGAUGUCUGUAUUGUGAACAGCCAAUCUGAUCCCAGCGUUAAUGUCCAUGUUUUCACUUUUCCUAUAACAGAUGCCAGCCUGGCUCAUCAUGUAGACUGUAAAGAGAUAGCCAUGAUAAAUCAGUUGCAUGGUGGCUAACACCAACUGCAGUAGUCAGUUGUCCAUUCCUCUUUUGUCUAGUUCAUAGUUAUCAUACCUGUGUUUAGUAGCUCUUUAUAUUGGUGUUAUGCAGCUAUGCCUAUUUCAAGCUAAAUAUAUACUAGAUGCUACCAUUACAAAUGUUUAUUGAUUGACUAUAAUGGCUGACACCACACUGGAAGUACCUUGACAAUGCUUAUAGCAUAAGUCACUUGGUUUCACCGUUUUCCAUAAUCACUUUGAAGCAAAACUGUUACAUAACCUUUGCAUCAGCAAUUUGUCUGAGCUUCAUAGGAGCUGGUAUUUCUUCUAGAAUCAGAUUUCCAUGUGUAUGUUAUUAAGUAAUAAUUAGGAUAAUAGAAUGUAGGCUGAUAAAUGUUCAGACAGGGUUGAAUCCCAGAGCUAACAACAGUGAACCUUUAUGCAGAUAAUGCCAUGUCUCAGCUGCAGUCCCACUCACCCACAUUAAAGCCUAUGAAUUCCAUCCUGCAGUGUAUUUAUUCUAUCAGAGUUGCUUUGCAUUACCAUGAAAUUAAUCAUCUAUGCUGGUAGUUAUAUUCAGCUGUACUGAAAAAAGAUUAUCCUCUGACCAUUCAGUGACUCUGUUGUUAGCACAAGCUGCAGCUCCCCCAGAGAUAAUAAUUGCUGUGAAAGAGUUAAACAUUUGGGUUCUGCCAUAGUAAACCACCCUCAAUCCUAAUAGAUUAUUCUGUGCAUAUACCUAUAUCUUUAUAGAUAUGACUUGAAAGUCUUGUUGUGCAAAGAGGUGAGAUAAUAAUUAUUCCAUUAUACAGCUUGUGGAAUAAAUGGGCUGAGCAAAUGCUGCAAAAAUGCUGCUGGCACCUGAAAAUAAAAAGUAUCAUUAUGGACCGUGAUACUCCGGGAAGGUACUGCAGAUGACAGAGUGCUUCCUACCCCCUACUGCAUAAUAGCAGACUGAGCUUACUUAAGUCCAUUAAUAAAGAAGAGCAGGCAUUAGUUAUAAGAGCCACAAGUUGUUUGCCCAUCUGACUAAGGAAUUAUACAGUCCUUAUGAGUACAUUCUCAGGAUUUGAUUAUGUGUUCAGCAAGAAGAAGAACUGGGUGUUGCAUUAAAAAAGAUUGGUUUGAAUGGUGUAACCUUAAAGAAAAACUGACCUGUGUUGUUGAUGUUUUAAUGCAGGUUCGGAAAGCUGUGACUAUAUCUACAGCAGUAAUUUUCUUUGAAUAUCAUUUUGUAAAUGCUAUCCUUUGCACUACUGUUUUUUCCCCUGCUUGAUUAUUAUUAAAAUUGUUUUGACUUUCCA